ACGAGCCGCUUCUCGCAUCAUGACUUCAACUAAGAUUCUUCUACUUUUACCACUCGGAAUUGUACUAUUAACUGCGACAAUAUAUCAUUCAAACAAUUCUGGGCAAUACACUGACAAUACAGCUGUGGAACCGCACAAAAUCAGCCGACGGCGAGCAAUUAAGCCCGCCACUAUACAUUAUUGCAAGUUCAAUCAGUACUAUGAUCAGGAGGAAGGCCGUUGUUUAGGUGUGCCAGGAGGCGGCAAAGUGCUUCACAUUGAAAACAGACAAUCAUGUGGCAUCAAUGUCUUGAAGCCGCAUUGUAAAAGCUCUCUCUAUUAUCACAUUUGCAAACGCGACAAGUCGAUCCUGGCGCAGUGUGCAAACAGGCAGAUCUUCGACAAUCGUUUGCAGCGAUGCGUUUACUACGAUUCAAGUAAAUUAACUCCCAGUAUUAUUUCAUCAGACGACUACACAUACGAUCACGUUAGAAUGCCACGUUGCACGAGAUAUGGUCGAUUUCCCGUGCCUGGCCAUUGUUCCAUGUUUUACACAUGCGAUACGAACGGACAUCGACUUUAUCAGAGUGUCUUCAAGUGCCCACAAAAUACGGGAUAUCAAGUGGACAGAGGAGUUUGCAAUAUUGUGGCAGAUUGUGUGAAUGACAAUUCGGUGGAUACUACAGUUUGUGUUCCAGAUGCCCCGGGCGAAGAUGUGGAAAUUUCACGUCUCGAUGAAGCUGUAGACGGAAACGUGGAAGAAAUUUCAGAAAUACUUGAAGAAAGUAAAGCUAGCACAGACGAUCCUAUUGUAGAAAAAAAGGAAAAUGUAAAUUUCAAGAAUUUCGAUGGUAUUAUCAUUACUACCCCUGUAAGUAUAAUAGGACCACUGUCAGAGGAUAAUGAUAACGAUACGGAAGUGUCAAGUAACAACGCGAGUUCGUUAAAUCCAAUCAAAGAAGAUUUAAUUUCUGAAGGCAGCGACGAAAAGAUAAUGUACAGUCAAACUCCGAAUCAGCUUAAAACUAUGCAAAAAACAUCUGACGAAGGACAGAACGAAGAGGACGGAUCAUCAUUAUUAAAUUUACGAAUUACAUCGCCAUUAACGACAGAACUCGAUGACACAUCGCAUUCGAUUAAGGAACAAUAUAGAAACAACGAAGACAGCACAGUGACGCCAUCGAAUUUUAAUAAUGAUUCAGUUGAUCUAUACUCGGCACCAACAGUAAGUGAUGCACAAGAAUCUACCCCAAUCAGCGACGUUUCACCGAAUAUAAAUGAAAAAAUGCAAGAUGCGGCUACAGAGCAAUAUAAAAGUAACGAAGACAGCAGAGUGUCGCCAUCAAAUUUGAAUUCUGAUUCUGUUGAUCUGUACUCAGCACCAACAAUGAGUAAUGUACCAGAAACUUCUCUGAUCAGCGACGUGUCACCGAAUGUAGAUGAAAACAUGCAAGAUGUAAUUACGGAACAAUAUAAAAAUAAUGAAGACAGCACAUUGACGCCAUCGAAUUUCAAUACUGAUUCGGUUGAUCAAUAUUCGGCACCAACAAUAAGUAAUGUACAAGAAUCUACCCCAAUCAGCAACGUUUUACCGAAUAUAAAUGAAAAAAUGCAAGAUGCGGCUACAGAGCAAUAUAAAAGUAACGAAGACAGCAUAGUGCCGCCAUCAAAUUUGAAUUCUGAUUCUGUUGAUCUGUACUCAGCACCAACAAUGAGUAAUAUACCAGAAACUUCUCUGAUCAGUGACGUGUCACCGAAUGUAGAUGAAAACAUGCAAGAUAUAAUUACGGAACAAUAUAAAAAUAAUGAAGACAGCACAUUGACGCCAUCGAAUUUCAAUACUGAUUCGGUUGAUCAAUAUUCGGCACCAACAAUAAGUAAUGUACAAGAAUCUACCCCAAUCAGCAACGUUUUACCGAAUAUAAAUGAAAAAAUGCAAGAUGCGGCUACAGAGCAAUAUAAAAGUAACGAAGACAGCAUAGUGCCGCCAUCGAAUUUUAAUUCCGAUUCUGUUGAUCUGUACUCAGCACCAACAAUGAGUAAUGUACCAGAAACUUCUCCAAUCAGUGACGUGGAUGAGAAAAUGCAAGAUGCAAUUACGGAACAAUAUAAAAACAAUGAAGACAGGAUAGUACCGUCGUCGAAUUUGAAUUCUGAUUCUGUUAAUCUGUACUCAGCACCAACAAUGAGUAAUGUACCAGAAUCCUCUCCAAUCAGCGAUGUGUCGCCGAAUGUAGAUGACAAAAUGCAAGAUGCGAUUACGGAACAACAUAGGAACGAUGAAGACAGCACAAUGACACCAUUGAAUUUUAAUACAGAUUCGGUUGAUUCGGCAUCAACAAUAAAUAAUGUACCAGAAUCCUUUCCAAUCAGUGAUGUGUCGCCGAAUGUAGAUGAGAAAAUGCAAGAUGCGAUUACGGAACAAAAUAGAAACAACGAAGACAGCACAAUGACGCCGUCAAAUUUUAAUACAGAUUCGGUUGAUCAGUACACGCCACCAAUAGUAAGUAAUGUAGCAGAAUCUUCUCCAAUUAGCGACACGCCAUCAAAGAUAGAUGAGAGAAUGCAAGAUGAAGCUACAGAACAAUACAGAAACAACGAAGAUAGUAUAGUGACCCCAUCGAAUUUUUAUACAGAUUCGAUUGAUAAGUACCCUGCACCAAUAAUAAGUAAUGUACCAGAAUCUUCUCCAAUAAGUGACGUGUCACCGAAUAUAGAUGGAAAAAUGCAGGAUGCAAUUACAGAAGAAUAUAGAGACAAUGAAGACAGCAUAGUGACGCCAUCGACUUUGAAUACAGAUCAGUACCCGGCACCAACAAUAAGUAAUAUAUCAGAAUCCUCUCUAAUCAGUGAUGUGUCACCAAAUCUAGAUGAAAAAAUGGAAGAUGCGAUUACGGAAGAAUAUAGAAAUAACGAAGACAGUAUAGUAACGCCAUCAAAUUUGAAUAUAGAUACGGUUGAUCAGUACCCGGCACCAACAGUAAGUAAUAUAGCAGAAUCUUCUCCAGUUAGCAGUACGUCAUCGAAGAUAAAUGAGGAAACGCAAGAUGCAGAUACAGAACAAUCUAGAAACAAUGAAGACAGCACACUAAUGCCAUCGAAUUGGAAUUCUGAUUUGGUUGAUCCGUACUUGGCACCAAGAAUAAAUAAUAUAUCAGAAUCCUCUCCAAUCAGUGAUGUGUCACCAAAUCUAGAUGAAAAAAUGGAAGAUGCGAUUACAGAAGAAUAUAGAAACAACGAAGACAGUAUAGUGACACCAUUAAAUUUUAAUACAGAUUCGAUUGAUAAGUACCCUGUACCAACAAUAAGUAAUGGGGCAGAAUCUUCUCCAAUUAGCAGCAUGUCAUCGAAGAUAGAUGAGGAAAUGCAAGAUGUAGCUACGGAACAGGAUAGAAAUAACAAAGACAGCACAUCAAAUUUCAAUACCGGUUCAAUCACAGAUAAUCCAAGGUAUGAUGAUUCUGAUAUAUUAUCUACUCCGUCGAUUUUGCCGCCACAAGCAGCUAUUGAUCAAAUUGCCACGGAAGGAUUAUCCGAAGUUACUCCGUCAAUAGACAGUAAAAUUGCAGAUGCUAGUUCAUUUGCACCAGAUGAAGUCGAAAGUUUUUCUGCUCGAUAUUUACCCGACAAUACUGAUGAAUUAUAUUUAACACCAACGACGGGAUCCACUUUUUCGAAAGAAGUAACCGCACCGGAUGACAUUGCAACUACAAUUCAUCCCAUACAAGAGCCACCUAUUUUAGACAGAUCUGGUAACGCAAAGUAGUAAGGAUAG